AGAGCAGACUGAAGGUUGGGAGAGUUGCUCUACAGGCUCUUCUUGUUUCCUGCUCUCGCUCUCAUGCAACACAACAUGGGAGAAACGUGUUUACGGAGGAGGAAAUGGAUACAAAAAGCUGACAGAGGACAAAAGUAUCAGUGAAAGGAGAGAUUUGUGUUUUCCAAGUCCAGAGGGGCAGCAGGGGCUGGACAUGUGUGCUUUUGAUCAGCUUUCUGAUAAAACAGUUUCCUGCCUAAGUUGGGACAGAGACAGCAAAAGGCUCCCCCCUUUUCUGUUUGCAUCCAGGAGGAUGUGUAAACACACACACACACACACACACACUGACUGUGAGUGAGCAUGGAGCGCUAGUAACUUUCUCCCCGUCUCAGUGAAAAGCAGUCAGGAGAGGAAGAGGAGGCCUGAUAGAUGAGCAAGGGUUUGAAGAUCAGCUGCUGACGUGCCACUGGAGCUCAAAGAUGGACAAAGGUGGUGAAAAACCAAAGACAUAUGUGUCUACCUUUCAACUGGCCCUCAGGCCUCGGCACUGUGUGAAGAAGCAGAAGAAUGGACUGGAUACCAGUAAGAGGACAAUAACAGGAAACAACAAACUGGAAAGAGCACAUGCAACAGACGGCAAACAUGUCACAUUUCAGAGAAUGGAAGCUCCUUGCUUCAAAGAGUCACUCAGAGACCUUUCAAUCUGUGAUGGAGGUGAUGCUACGUUUCAUGGUGUCAUCACAGGAAGCGAACUGCUGAGUGUUUCCUGGCUGCACAACGGUGUUGAGCUGAACUCCUGUAACGCCUCCUUCAAAAACAGCCUUGCCACACUGACUGUGAGACAGUGUUCAGCAGGAAACGCUGGGGUGUACACCUGUGUGGCUGAGAAUGGUGCAGGAAGGAGAUCGUGCAGUGCUGUGUUACAAGUCACAGCAGCAGCAGCAACACAACCCCCCUCCAGAACAAGCAACCAUAGGCUGUCCAGUGAGGAAGCACUCAGGACGUCAAAUGAAAACAACGACCAGUCCUCCACUGCUGAUGGGAAAAAUCAACACACAGGAGAAUUAGAUAAAGGUCAACCUACUGCUUCCUCUCUCACAGCUAUCAGAGACAGCAGGCCUCCUACUAAAGUCCCAGCACACAAAGGGCCUUGUGUGGAGUUUGUUAACCCACCAGAGAAGGUGGAGGCCCGUGUGGGUGAGCAGGCUCGGCUACGCUGUGAGUUCAGGAGCAGCUCUCUUCCUGUGGCCUGCUGCUGGAUUUACAACAGAACCAAAGUGGUGGCAGGAGGGCCUCGGACGGCGGUUAGGAUCGACGGGACCCAAAGCAGCGUGGAGAUCUCUCAGGCCCUUCUGGAAGACUCGGGCUCGUACACUUUUGUUGUUCGGACCAGACACGGCUCUGCUCGGCACACGGUGUCCCUCAGUGUUGUUGAUCGACCCGCUCCUCCUUCAUCCCAGCCCGUAGUGUCUAGUGUGUCCUCCCAGUCCCUGGUUCUGUCCUGGACGGGACCUGGCUACGACGGAGGCACAGCUGUGUUGGGAUACAUUGUGGAGGUCAGUCAAGAGGGUUCUGACAAGAGUGGGAGCUGGACUGCAAUCGGCAGGAGUAAAAACACGUCAUACCACAUCUGCUCAGGCCUGGAGGCUCUGAAACAGUACCGGUUCCGCGUCAAGGCCUACAACUCAGCGGGGACCAGCGAGCCGAGCCAGGAAUCUGUGUGUGUCAGGAUGGCAACAUCAAGGGAGAAGAAAGAAGAGUCAGAGCCAUAUGUCAUGGUGACUAUCGACACCAAGCAUAAGGUCAACGAUCAUUACAAUGUGCACGAGAAGCUGGGAGUUGGAAAGUUCGGCCAGGUGUUCCGAAUGACCCACAAGAUAACGGGCCAAGAGUGUGCAGGCAAGUUCUACCGAGCUCGAGUCUCCAAGGACAAGGCUGCUGCUCGCAAAGAGAUGCAAAUCAUGAACAAGCUGCACCACCCCAAACUUGUGCGGUGUCUAGCUGCCUACGAUACCCGCUCAGAGAUGGCCUUGAUCAUGGAAUAUAUUGCAGGUGGGGAGCUCUUUAAACGCAUUGUAGAUGAAAACUUUGAGCACACCGAACCCACCAGUGCACGCUACAUGAAGCAGAUCCUAGAGGGCAUGCAGUACGUCCACAAGCAGAACAUCAUCCACCUGGACCUGAAACCCGAGAACAUCGUCUGCGUGGAUCCAUCUGGUACACGGAUCAAGAUAAUCGACUUUGGCUUGGCCUGUGAACUAGAUCCGACUAAAGAUCUGACAGUGAUGCAUGGUACUCCGGAGUUUGUGGCCCCUGAGGUCAUCAACUUUGAGCCUGUGGGAUUGGAAACAGACAUGUGGAGCAUCGGAGUCAUCUGCUUCAUCUUGCUCAGUGGAGAAUCCCCCUUCCAAGGAAACAACGAUGCCGAGACGCUAGCUCUUGUGACUGCAGCCCAAUAUGAGUUUGACCCAGAGAGUUUUGAAGACAUCUCUGAUGAAGCGAAAGACUUUAUCAGCUCGCUGCUCAAGAAGAACAAAAGAGGCAGGAUGUCAUGCACAGAGGCCCUCGCCCACUCCUGGAUGGCGUCUUUCACCCCUCUGACCCGCAGACCCACCAAGUCGCUGAAUAAAGAGAAAAUGAAGCGUUUCCUGGCUAGACGCAAAUGGAAGAAAGCCGGCAAAGCGGUUCUGGCUCUGAAGCGGAUGACUAACCUCUCCAACAGGCCAGACUCUCCAGGCCACUCCUUAGAGGAGCCAGGCUGGAGCCGGGAGGCUGAGGAGGCCAUCCAGUCGCUGGACAAGCAGCUGCAGAUGGAGCCGCACUUCCAGCUGACCCUGAAGGAUGUCACCCUUCCCAAAGGAGCAACCACUGUGCUGACGUGCCUCGUUGACGGAUACCCACGUCCAGAGGUGAAGUGGCUUCACGACAACCGGCCGCUGUCUGAAUUGCGCAGAGCAGUGAUAAUGCAACAUGAGGACGGACUCUGUGUUCUGGUUCUGGAUGAUCUGAUGCCCUCUGACUCCGGGGUUUAUGUGUGCCGAGCCAGAAACGAGCUGGGGGAAGCUAAAUGCUCUGCCAAGUUGAAUGUGGAACGCUGAGAGAAUGUGAGUGGGUGGAUUUAGGAUUUCCUUUCUUAUUGUUCUACCGGUAAAUGGACACGCGUCACACACAAGACUGCUUUCACACUGGAUCCCAACCAAAUAGGAAGAUUUAACCAGUUACCUUCAAUCACAGUUUCUGCUGUUCAUACACUUCAUCUAUGUCCUAAAUUAGCUCUGUUGAGUUAUUUAAACACACACAGGGACUCACAUUAGCUUCACUAUUAACACACCUGCACAUUUUGUAUAUUGGAAUGUUUUUUUAAGUUUUAUUAAAGGUAAUAAAAUGUAAGGUUUACAGAAAUACCUUGAGAUGACGUGAGGAAAAGGUUGUUUUUAUGCCAGAUUGUUAGUUUGAUGCUUUAGUUGUUAGACAAACACGUUAACAUUAAAUGUUUUUAUACAAGUAUGACCAAAGCAGAAAGCAUCUUCUUGUUUUGUAAACUUUUAUGAAUAAAUUAUCUGUUGCUUGUGACAAUUACAGCUCUUUUGGUUUUA